ACACCUUACAUUGUGUUUCAUAGGUGCAUUCGACCUAAAGCAAACUUUCUCGUUACAAAUACGACAUUUAAAACUUUAAAAGGCAGCACUGCGUCUUUUAGCCAAAAGUCAACGCCGUCGUCUGAAGAUUCAUCUUCAAGACUCUAUAAUAAACUUUUAAAUAACAAGAACCUUAGAAAAUAUGCAAAUCAAUUUCGUACAAAACCCACUUCUCAUAUAGUUUCAUUUCUUAUUUUACAUGAAUUAACCGCCAUCAUACCAAUUCCUAUUAUUUACGUCUUCCUUUCCACAACCGGGAUUGAAAUUCCUUUUUCGCAAUCAGUUUUGGACGAAGGGAACGAAUUCAUUAAUCGUGUUGUGGUUUAUUACGGUUACGAACCUUUUGAGAAUGGCAGUAGAGUUGCCCUGAAUUUGGUCACGAGUUAUGCGAUUGUUAAGUUUUUGUUGCCUGUUCGCAUUGCAAUUUGUAUCUGGUUGACACCUUGGACUGCCGAAAGAAUUAUAAGUCCUGCCACCGGAUUGGUUAGACGAUUUGUAAAAACAAAGUAG